ACCCUCUGUUACCUAAGUUUAGGGUUCACAGCGCAGCACAAAGCCGAAGGUGUAGCUGUGCAGUUCCGCCCUCUGCUGCCGCUGCCACUGGGAAAGACUUCUUUGCCACUGCCGGGUCCGGCCCGAUCGGGCCAGGUCCUGCCCGGUCCUGCCCGGUCCGGCCGGGUCCGCAGCGAGCGGUCCUUCGCUAUGGACACGGUAUCAGCCACUGUAGCCGGGGUCUUCGCGUCCCCGGGUACCCCCGAGCUGCUGAGGCGCCUGUCGAAGCUGUAUUCGGCCUUUGUAACCCUGCUACUGAAGCUGGUUGCAGUGUUACCUGAGAAUUUCCAGCCCGGGCCUGGAGACUUUUAUGGGCUCCCCUGGGAGCCUGUAUUGUUCACUACCUGUGUUGGAAUCCUUAUGAUUGCGAUUUUCUUGUGGAGGAAUGUUUUUCCAGUAAAGGAGAGAAUAUACCAAGUCACUGAACAGCAGAUUGCCGAAAAGGUGAAGACUACCACAAAGGACAAUGCACAACUUGCAGAAAAAUUGUCAAGUUAUGAACAGAAGAUCAAUCAAUCGCAGAGGCUUCUUCAGGAGACCAAGAAUCAGAAUAGGAUUCUCUCUGAGGAAGCAAUUAAAUACAAGGAUAAAAUCAAGGUGCUUGAAGAAAGCAAGGAAUUUCUGGAUGAUAUGGCCAGAACUCUUGGUGAUAUGUUAGAAUGUGAGCGGCAACGCAACAUGAAAAAUCAGGAUUUGGUCCUGGAAAAUGAGAAAUCUGUGGAGAAGCUAAAGGAGGUUAUUUCAAUGAAUGCCUCAGAAUUUUCCAAGGUUCAGGUCACCCUGAAUGAAGGCAAGUUGAGUGAGGAGAAGGUGAAGUCUGAGUGCCACCAGGUUCAGGAAGAAAACACAAGGCUGAAGAAGAGAAGAAAGCAGCUAGAGCAGGAAGUUGAAGACCAGAAGAAGCUGAACGCUGAACUCAGCCAGCGAGUAAGGACGUUGGAAAAGUCUCAGAGGGAUCUGGAAGCCACUCUCCAUGAUAAGGAUGAUAGCAUUGGUACUCUGAACAACUGCAUCAUGCGGCUGAACCGGAUGGAGGAGAGGAGAUCGGAAUCUGAGGGUCCAGGUCCAGGCAGAUGUGAGCCAGGUGAAUUAGCCAAUGGAGAAGUGGGAGGUGGGGAGAGUAAGAUCAAGGCUCACAUGCACCGGCUGAUGGAUGUCUCCCAGAAAGAUCUCCAACUCCUGCAGUUGAAGCUGAGAGCCUCCCUGUCUGCCAAAUGUGAUCUGGAAGACCAGAUCGUGAAGCUAGGUGAGGACUGCGGCAGGCUGCAGGCGGACAAGGCCCGGCUGGAGGAGGAGUUUAGCAUGCUGCAGCAGAAGGUGGAGAUCCUGAAGGAGCUGUCCCACCAGAAGGAGCUGGAGCUGCAGAAGAUACUGAGUCAGGCGGAAUGUGCACAGCAGCAGCGAGAGCAGGCGCUGUUGGCUGUGGAUGAGAAGGUGGUGCCGGCCACAGAGGAGGUGAAAAUCUACAAGCGGCGAAUCCAUGAAGUGGAAGCAGAAUUAGAGAAAACGGAGCGCUCAUUUAAAAACCAGCUUGCUACUGAGAAGAAAAAAGCCCAUGAGAACUGGCUCAAAGCCCGAAACGCAGAGCGCCUGGUGGCAGAUGAGAAGCGGCAGGCCGCCAACCUGCGGCAGAGGCUGGUGGAAAUUACCCAGAAGCUGGAUAUGCUUAAAGAGGAGCCUGGGAUCAUCAAUCGGAUGCCAGACUGUCCUGGAGUGCAGAACGCGCCCCACAGAGGUCCCCUGAGCCAGAAGGGCUCCUUUGGCCCGUCCCCUGUGAGUGGCGGUGAAUGCUCCCCGCCCCCAGGCGCACAGCCCCCUGGAUGGCCGCCAUCUGCAAGCCUGAACUUGGCACGCCAUGACAUUGCAAGAGCCGACUUCGAUCCCGGCCCUGGCCCCGUGGCCAACAGCAGCUCCCGCGGCUCCUCUCCAGUGAAGGACAUGGACAACGCCAAGACCCCUUGCAGUGAUGGGGAUGAGGUGGGCGUGGGCUCUUCCAGGAGUGGGAAGCCGGUUCCAGGGCCCCCUGAAUCCGACCCUGGGCGGCCCAGGCUGCUGUGCCUCCUGGGUCCUGAGGCUGCUGCCUUGGCAGCCUUCGCACCGCAUGGGGCCGCCUGCAAUGUGUCAACUGGCCGAGGCAGCUUCCUGUUCUCCCCAGCGACCCCGGGUCCCUGGGAGCCCUUGUGUCUGCCUGUCGUGCCCAGGGACUCGCUCAUGCUGGCAAGAGUGCAGCGAGCUGGCGCAGCGCCCCGCUGGCACCUCUGGAGCUCAUCUCCACACCCGAGUGGGGACAGCGUGGUGACCAUGCUCGCUGUGUGGCGUGCUGCUCACGAGGGCCCGGCAGGGUCCGGGGAUCCCUUGACUCCUCUCGGGACGGGCACCCAGUGUCACUGCCGAGCUCGAAACUGGGCCUGCUUCUGUUCGCAGGUGAGCAUGGCCGUGAAGGGGCCCCCAGCCCAUCCAGGGCCCCCGUUCCUGGGAGGCCCCAUGCCGCCCCACAUGGGCUAUGGGUCGCCACCGCCACCACUGCUCUGCAGGCCCUUCGGGCCUCGGCCGAUGCCUCCUAGGCCACCGCCACCAUUCGUCACACGCAUGGGCCCACCACUGGGCUUAAGAGACUAUGCGCCCGGCAUGCUGCCCGGUCGCCACGACCUGCCGCUACAUCCUGGCGAGUUCUUGCCGGGACCUGUGCCAUUCAGGCCUCCAGGCCCGCUCGGCGCCCGAGCGUAUUUCAUUUCAGAUCCACGAAUGCCACCACCACCCACUGGACUCCAGGACUACCGACCACCGCCUGCCGGGCCCGAGGAAUACCCACCGCCACCUGCUGGGCCCCAGGACAACCCACUGACGCCUGCCGGGCUCCAGGACUACCCACCACUGCCUGCCGGGCCCCAGGACUUCCCACCACCGCCUGCCGGGCCCCAGGACUUCCCACCGCCACCUGCCGGGCACCAGGCCUACCCACCACCACGUGCCAGGUGCCAGCACUACGCACCAUCGCCUGCCAGGCCCCAGGACUACCCACCGCCGCCUGCCGGGCCCCAGGACUUCCCACCGCCACCUGCCGGGCACCAGGCCUACCCACCACCACGUGCCGGGCGCCAGCGCUACCCACCACCGGCUGCCAGGCCCCAAGACUACCAACCACCACGUGCCGGGCGCCAGGCCUACCCACCACCGCCAAUCAACCUAUUACUACUAAUUAUCCCAAUCCUCCUAGCCAUAGCAUUCUUAACCUUAACAGAACGCAAAACUACCCAUCGCCAACUGCCGGGCCCCAGGACUGUCCACCGCCACCUGCUGGGCCCCAGGACAACCCACGACCACCUGCCGGGCCCAAGGACUACCCACGACCAUCUGCCGGGCCCAAGACAACCCACCGCCACCUGCCGGGGCCAAAGACUACCCACCACCACCUGCCGGGCCCCAGGACUACCCAUCUCCUCCUGCCGGGCCCCAGGACUACCCAUCUCCUCCUGCCGGGCCCCAGGAAUACCCACCGCCACCUGCCGGGCCCCAGGAUUACCCAUCGCCUUCUGCCGGGCACCAGGCCUACCCACCACCACGUGCCAGGUGCCAGCACUAGGCACCAUCGCCUGCCAGGCCCCAGGACUACCCACCACCACCUGCCGGGCCCCAGGACAACCCACCACCACCUGCCGGGCGCCAGGCCUACCCACCACCACGUGCCGGGCGCCAGCACUACGCACCAUCGCCUGCCAGGCCCCAGGACUACCCACUGCCGCCUGCCGGGCACCAGGCCUACCCACCACCACGUGCUGGGCGCCAGCGCUACCCACCACCAGCUGCCAGGCCCCAAGACUACCAACCACCACGUGCCGGGCCACAGGACUACCCACCACCGCCUGCUGGGCCCCAGGACUACCCACCGCCGCCUGCCGGGCACCAGGCCUACCCACCACCACGUGCCGGGCGCCAGCGCUACCCACCACCGGCUGCCAGGCCCCAAGACUACCAACCACCAUGUGCCGGGCGCCAGGCCUACCCACCACCGCCAAUCAACCUAUUACUACUAAUUAUCCCAAUCCUCCUAGCCAUAGCAUUCUUAACCUUAACAGAACGCAAAACUACCCAUCGCCAACUGCCGGGCCCCAGGACUGCCCACUGCCACCUGCUGGGCCCCAGGACAACCCACUGACGCCUGCCGGGCCCCAGGACUACCCACCACCGCCUGCCGGGCCCCAGGACUUCCCACCACCACCUGCCGGGCGCCAGGCCUACCCACCACCACGUGCCGGGCGCCAGCGCUACCCACCACCGGCUGCCAGGCCCCAAGACUACCAACUACCAUGUGCCGGGCCCCAGGACAACCCACCACCGCCAAUCAACCUAUUACUACUAAUUAUCCCAAUCCUCCUAGCCAUAGCAUUCUUAACCUUAACAGAACGCAAAACUACCCAUCGCCAACUGCCGGGCCCCAGGACAACCCACGACCACCUGCCGGGCCCAAGGACUACCCACGACCACCUGCCGGGCCCAAGGACUACCCACGACCAUCUGCCGGGCCCAAGACAACCCACCGCCUCCUGCCGGGGCCGAAGACUACCCACCACCACCUGCCGGGCCCCAGGACUACCCAUCUCCUCCUGCCGGGCCCCAGGACUACCCAUCUCCUCCUGCCGGGCCCCAGGAAUACCCACCGCCACCUGCCGGGCCCCAGGACUACCCAUCUCCUCCUGCCGGGCCCCAGGAAUACCCACCGCCACCUGCCGGGCCCCAGGACUACCCACCGCCACCUGCCGGGCCCCAGGACUGCCCAUCUCCUCCUGCCGGGCCCCAGGACUACCCAUCUCCUCCUGCCGGGCUCCAGGACUACCCAUCUCUUCCUGCCGGGCCCCAGGAAUACCCAUCUCCUCCUGCCGGGCCCCAGGAAUACCCACCACCACCUGCCGGGCCCCAGGACUACCCAUCUCCUCCUGCCGGGCCCCAGGAAUACCCACCGCCACCUGCCGGGCUCCAGGACUACCCAUCUCCUCCUGUCGGGCCCCAGGAAUACCCACCGCCACCUGCCGGGCCCCAGGACUACCCAUCUCCUCCUGCCAGGCCCCAGGAAUACCCACCACCACCUGCUGGGCCCCAGGACUACCCAUCUCCUCCUGCCGGGCCCCAGGAAUACCCACCGCCACCUGCCGGGCCCCAGGACUACCCAUCUCCUCCUGCCGGGCUCCAGGACUACCCAUCUCCUCCUGCCGGGCCCCAGGAAUACCCACCGCCACCUGCCGGGCCCCAGGAUUACCCACCGCCUUCUGCCGGGCUCCAGGCCUACCCACUGCCGCAUGCUGGACCCCAGCACUACCCACCGCCAACUGCCAGGCCCCAGGACAACACAGCACAGCCUGCCGGGCCCCAGGACAACUCACCGCCGACUGCCGGCCCCAGACUACCCACCACCAUGUGAUGGGCCCCAAGACUACCCACUGCCGCCUGCCGGGCACCUGGCCACCCACCACCAAGUUCCGGACCCCAGGACUACCCAUUACCCCCUGCAGGGACCAAGAGUACCCACCGCCGCCUGCCGGGCCCCAGGAAUAUCCACGGCCACCUGUCAGGCCCCAGGACAACCCACCGCCCUCUGCUGGGCUCCAGAACUAUCCAUUGCCCCAUGUUGGGCCCCAGGACUACCCACCGCCAAGUGCUGGUCCCCAGGACUACCCACCGCCAAGUGCCGGUCCCCAGGACUACCCACCGCCAAGUGCCGGUCCCCAGGACAACACACCACCACCUGCCGGACCCCAGGACAACCCACGACUGCCCAGGACUAGCCACUGCCACCUACUGGGCCCCAGGAUAACACACCGCCACCUGCCGUGGCCGAAGACUAACCACAGCCACCUGCCGGGCCCCAGGACUCCCCCACCAUCUGCCGGGCCCCAGGACUACCCACCAUCACCUGCCAGGCCCCAGGACUAGCCACCGAUGCCUGCCGGGCCCCAGGACUACCCACCACCACCUGCCGGGCCCGAGACUACCCACCACCAUGUACCGGGCCCCAGGACUACCCACCACCACCUGCUGGGCCCCAGACUACCCACCACCAUGUACCAGGCCCCAGGACUACCCACCUCCACCUGCCGGGCCCCAGACUACCCACCACCGCCUGCUGGGCCCCGGAAUACCCACCCCCGCCUGCUGGGCCCCAGGACUACCCAUUGCCGCCUAUUGGGCGCCUUUUUCUCCUAUGGGUCUGCGCUUAUUUCUAGGACUGAUAAAAGUUCUCUCCAGUUAACUGCAGCCUUGAUGUUUCCUGAUUUGCCCCCAACUACAGAUUAAAGUAAUGUACUUGUAUUGCACAGUUA